AGCGGGAGCUCUUGAUGAACAACAAGCUCCUGCUGCGGAGGAGAAGGAGGAGAGAAAAGAGGGAUCUCCUGGACAAGAGCAAACUCCUGCUGCGGAGGAGGACGAGCAGGGAGAAGAGGGAGCUCCUGGACAACAGCAAGCUCCUGCUGCGGAGGAGGAGGAGAGAGAAGAAGGCUCCCCAGAGGAACAACCAGCUUCUACACCGGAGGAGGAGAAGGAAGAGGGAGCUGAUGGAGAACAGCAAGCUCCUGCAGCGGAGGAGGAAAAGGAAGAUGGAGAUCCAGAACAACAACAACCUCCUGCAGCGGAGGAGGAGAGAGAAGAGGGAGCCCCUGGGGAACAGCGAGCUCCUGUUGCAGAGAAGGAGGAGGGAGAAGAGAGAGCUCCUGAACAACAGCAAGCUCCUGCUGCAGAGGACGAGGAGAGAGAAGAGGGAGCCCCUGGACAAGAGCAAGCUCCUGCUGCUGCCGAGAAGGAGGAAGAGGAGGGAGCCCCUGAGAAACCAACAAGCUCCUGCACCGGAGGAGGAGAAAGAAGAAGGAAGUAGAUAAAGAUCAAGCUCCUGAGGUGGAAGAGACCACCAAAAAUCCUCCGGUGGUAGAAAGGCCGACCCUCCGAAAACGGGUCAGGAAGGCCAUAAUGAAAAGGCUCCGCAGGGUUUGGCAUUCCACCCAAAGACUCACCUGCUGCCGCCGACCCACCACCACGGCCUGAAUCCUUUCCUUCCAACCUACCUAUCCG